AUGAAUCAAUUUCACCAGCGGCAGAGGACUUUGCUCCUCUGUCUCCUUUCUCUCUCCGUCGUCGCUCCGGUCAUUUUCGUCUCCCACAGGCUUCAACUUGUAACUCGCGAUGGUCGGAGAGAGUUUCCUGAUGAUUUAUCCAGUGUUAAAUAUAGAACAGAUCCUGUAAAGUUAAAUGCUAUAGAGCAGGUAGACACAGAAGAAUUAGAAGAGCCAAAGCAAGUUGUUUAUAAAGAAAAUGAUUUUGGUUCUAAGAAUAGCGAUGAUUCGGAAAAAAAUAAUGAUUCUGAGGACUUGGAAGAAUUAGAAGAGCCAAAGCAAGUUGUUAAUAAAGAAAAUGAUUUUGGUUCUAAGAAUAGCGAUGAUUCGGAAAAAAAUAAUGAUUCUGAGGACUUGGAAGAAUUAGAAGAGCCAAAGCAAGUUGUUUAUAAAGAAAAUGAUUUUGGCUCUAAGAAUAGCGAUGAUUCGGAAAAAAAUAAUGAUGCUGAGGACUUGGAAGAAUUAGAAGAGCCAAAGCAAGUUGUUUAUAAAGAAAAUGAUUUUGGUUCUAAGAAUAGCGAUGAUUCGGAAAAAAAUAAUGAUUCUGAGGACUUGGAAGAAUUAGAAGAGGCAAAGCCAGUUGUUUAUAAAGAAAAUGAUUUUAGUUCCAAGAAUAGCGAUGAUUCGGAAAAAAAUAAUGAUUCCGAGGACUUGGAAGAAUUAGAAGAGGCAAAGCAAGUUGUUUACAAAGAAAAUGAUUUUGGUUCCAAGAAUAGUGAUGACACGGAAAAAAAUAUUGAUUCGGAGGACUUGGAAGAAUUAGAAGAGCCAAAGCAAGUUGUUUAUAAAGAAAAUGAUUUUGGUUCCAAGAAUAGCGAUGACACGGAAAAAAAUAUUGAUUCGGAGGACUUGGAAGAAUUAGAAGAGCCAAAGCAAGUUGUUUAUAAAGAAAAUGAUUUUGGUUCCAAGAAUAGUGAUGAUUCGAAGAAAAAUAAUGAUUCUGAGGACUCGGAAGAAUUAGAAGAAGCAAAGCAAGUUGUUUAUCAAGAAAAUGAUUUUGCUUCCAAGAAUAGCGACGAUGCGGAAAGAAAUGAUGAUUCUGUGGACCCAAGAAUUGAGGGGUCCAAAAAUAAUUACUUGGAAAAAAAAGAAUUCGACUAUGAUGAUGAAACACAAGACCAGGAAGCUCAGCAGAAAGGAUUGUCCUCCAGAGAUGGAGAUCAGGAAGACUCGGAAGAAUUAGAAGAGGCAAAGCAAGUUGGUUAUAAAGGAAAUGAUUUUGGUUCCACGGUUAGAGACCCUUCGGAAAAAAAUAUUGAUCCUCUGGAGUCUAGAAUUGAGGGGUCCAGAAAUAAUUUUUUAGAAAAGAAAGAAUUCGAUCAUGAUGAAACAGAAGACCAGGAAGCUCAGCGGAAAGGAUUAUCCUCCACGGGUGGAGAUCAGAAGAAAUUUAAUACAACAAUUAUGAACAAUCAGAAUAUGCAAACUCCCUUUCAACGAAAGAAAGUUGAGAAUAUUAUUAAAGUUAUUGAAAAGCAAUCUGGUUUGACAGUAAGCCAACAUCGUCAUAUUUCACACCAUCGGUCUCGCAAAGUGACAAAUCAGACAAUUUUGGAGAUUAAGGAUCAAAUUAUCAGAGCCAGAGCAUACUUGGGAUUGUCUCCACCAAGCAGCACCUCACACUUGGUGAAGGAGUUGAGGAUGAGAAUUAGAGAGAUGGGACGUGCUGUUGGAGAAGCUACCAAAGAUUCAGAUCUUUCAAAGAGAGUUUUGCAGAAAAUGAGACACAUGGAGGGUUCACUGUCUAAAGCCAACCUUGCUUUCCCGGACUGCUCUGCUAUGGCUGCUAAGCUCCGUGCGAUGAAUGAUAACGCUGAAGAACAAGUUCGUUCUCAGCAACACGAAGUAACCCAUCUUGUUCAUCUUGCUGCUAGGACCACCCCUAAAGGUCUUCACUGUCUUUCUAUGCAACUAACUGCUGAUUACUUUUCCCGGAGACCUGAGGAUAGAAAGCUGCCAAAUGAAAAUAAGAUUCAUGAUCCGGAACUUUAUCAUUAUGCUGUCUUCUCUGACAAUGUUCUGGCAUGUGGAGUGGUUGUUAACUCAACUGUGUCUAAUUCCAAGGAACCGGAAAAAAUUGUUUUACAUAUAGUGACCAAUUCACUCAACUUUCCUUCAAUCUCAAUGUGGUUCUUAUUAAACCCUCCUGGGAAAGCCACCAUCCACAUACAGAACAUAGACAGUUUUGAGUGGUUUUCCAAGUAUAAUACAUUCAAGAAACAAAAUUCCAGUGAUCCAAGAUAUACUUCUGAAUUGAACUACCUCCGUUUCUACCUGCCAGAUAUCUUCCCCACUCUAAAUAAGAUUCUGCUCUUUGAUCAUGAUGUGGUGGUGCAACGAGAUCUCAGCACACUAUGGAAUAUUGACAUGAAGGAAAAAGUAAUCGCAGGAGUUGGGACUUGCCAGGAAGGUGAAACUUCAUUUCGCAGGAUGGAUAUGUUCAUAAACUUCUCUAAUCCAUACAUUGCAAAGAGGUUUGAUGUCAAUGCUUGUACAUGGGCAUUUGGGAUGAACUUGUUUAAUUUGCAGCAGUGGAGGCGGCAUAAUUUAACUGGUGUCUAUCACAAAUAUUUGCAAAAGGGUUCCAACAUGCCAUUGUUUAGCACCGGCAGUCUGCCAUUAGGCUGGCUCACAUUCUAUAACAAAACUAUGGUUUUGGACAGACGGUGGCACAUUGUUGGCCUUGGUUAUGACUCGAACAUUGACACAAAUAGGAUUGAGCAAGCUGCUGUUAUCCACUUUGAUGGAAUUAGGAAGCCAUGGAUGGAUAUUGGGUUGGCAAGAUACAAGAGUUAUUGGCUCAAAUUUAUCAAGUUUGACCUGCCUCUUUUGCAACGUUGCAAUAUCCAGGCGUAG